CUGGAUUGGCCACCUUUCUCCUGAGAGAGGGACCGGGCCCCUGCUGGCGCUCCGCCCAUAGCCAACCCUGCUGCCAAGUGGCACAUUGCCUGGCACCCUGGCCGUACCUAACCCUGAAUGAUGACUUUAGCCAGCGCUGGUGGACAUUCUCGCGAUUGGGCUCCAAGAUAUAGGCUGUACAUCGUUGAAGACAUCAACAAGCCGGGCGUGCUGUAUUCUUUCGUUAAUGGAGACUGAACCUCGUCAAUAACCAUUGCUGUUUCGUUGGCUAUCUUCCAGACCACCCCCUAUCAACAAGCCACCUUCAAGCAUCCCGACGAUAGCUACCUAGUUGCCCGACCGCCUCGAGCUCUCAGAAAGAUCGGGUGCCUCUGAUUCGACCCGUCAUGCCGAGUACAGACACAGCUGUUCCGAGACGCCAGCAGCAGCGAGAUGGCGGCGGCGGUGGUUGGCUGGCGAGGUGUCGGGGCGUGUUUGGGAACGAGUCUCCUGCAUUCUAUGUCCUCCUAAUGUGGGUCGUUGUGUUAACGGCUGUGGUCUUUUCUGACGGCUUCGACCCCACCUCGUCCCGAGCCUCCUCAGCUGUUCGGGCUCCAGCGGCUUCUGAACAAAAUUCCUUUUUUCCCUCUUCCUCCUCUCCUCCUCCACCACUUCUUGUCAAUUCUCCAGCAGACUCUCAAGAACCAGCCAAAAUGUCCACCGAGCAGACCUUCAUUGCUAUCAAGCCCGAUGGCGUCCAGCGUGGCCUCGUUGGUCCCAUCAUCUCUCGCUUCGAGAACCGUGGCUACAAGCUCGUUGCCCUGAAGCUCGUCACCCCCGGCGAGGAGCACCUCCAGAAGCACUACGAGGACCUCAAGGACAAGCCCUUCUUCCCUGGUCUCAUCAAGUACAUGUCCUCCGGCCCCAUUGCCGCCAUGGUCUGGGAGGGCCGUGACGCCGUCAAGACCGGCCGUGUCCUCCUCGGUGCCACCAACCCCCUUGCCUCCGCUCCUGGCACCAUCCGCGGUGACUUCGCCAUCGAUGUCGGCCGCAACGUCUGCCACGGCUCCGACUCUGUCGAGAACGCCAAGAAGGAGAUUGCCCUCUGGUUCAAGCCUGAGGAGCUCAACAGCUACAAGGCUGCUGCCUUUGACUGGGUCUACGAGAAGGCCUAAUUAAGCGGUUCGUUUCUGAGAUAGAAACUGCUGCUUGCCCGUAUCUGCGGCAAGGGCAAUUUGACUGGUCCUCUUGAUUAUAUGUAGCGCGUUAGAGCUCUGGAAAUUAGAGACCGAUUUGAGUUGUUCACCCGUUUUGCCAAUG